GUGGCGCACACUCCUACUCCAGCGCGCAUCUUCUGAGGUACCAGGAAACUUGCCUCUUUCAAAUCGGUCAUACAGUCAUGAACUGGACUCUGCUCGUGUUCGGUAGUGUGUGCUUACUGGUCCUGGGUGAGGACGCGUUCGUACAAGGGAAGCGCGACGGGCGAACAGUAACUUUCUCUCGGACUGCACGCGGACACUCGAGAUACAGACGGGACACCUGGACUGGACAAACGCGUUUCACAGCAUGCAAGACUCCACUGUCUCCCAAAGACCAAGAUAUUCUGCUCAGCCACACACACGAGACGGGGUUUCAUGGUGAUGACGGAUCCAGUUUUACCCUCACAUGGGUUGGAGAUGGAACUGGGGUAAUCCUGGUCCUUUCCACACUCAGCGCUCCCUCAGAUUCAUUUUAUGAAGGCGGUUCGACGCGCCUUUACAGGAGUGAUGACUAUGGAAAGUCUUUUCAUGAUAUCUCCCAUGCCAUCAACAACACAUUUAUAAAGAAAGACUUUGGGAUAAGUGCUGGACCUGGGAACCCUCAACAGGUGAUUCUAACAGCCAACCUGCCUUUCACCGAGACGCUAGGAGGAGUUAUUCUUACGUCUAUGGAUGCUGGUGUGACGUUCAGAUCAGUGCAACUUCCAUUCCACCCAGCACAGGCUAUUCAGUUCCACUACCAGGACCCAAAAUAUCUUGUGGUUAUCAGCAUUGAUGAUGGGCUAUGGUUCUCACAAGACUUUGGUAACAGUUGGUCUGAAGUUCAUGAAGGAGUUCAAACAUUCACAUGGGGAUCUGGAAUUACUCUCUUCUUCAGUUCCAGCCCAAAAGGAACAGUGGAGGCCGCAAGACGAGGCGAGCUUAUUCUGAGACGGACGCAGGAUUUUGGCCAAACCUUUGCCACCAUCGCCAAGAACAUCUUUUCUUUCGGAUACAUUGGUGGCUUCCUGUUUACCUCAGUCAUGGAAAAACUGGGCUCUCCCCGUGUCAUCUAUGUGUCUUCAGACCAGGGUGACCAUUUCAAAAAAGCUCAGCUACCAUCAGCCACUACAGAGCAGUUCUACUCCGUUCUGGAUGGCGACGAGGACAUGAUCUUCAUGCAUGUGGACAACCCUGGAGCAGACACUUAUUUUGGGACAAUCUACACCUCUGAUGACCGAGGAAUCCUGUAUUCUAAGUCUCUGGAGCGCCACCUGUUUGGCGGGGAGGGGAAGAGCGAUUUCACUAACGUCACAUCUUUGAGAGGGGUCUAUCUCACCAACAAAUUGGAGGAGGAUGGACGCAUUCGUUCAGUAAUUUCGUUCGACAGAGGUGGCCGAUGGAGAUUUCUGAAUAAACCAGAAAAUGUGGAUUGUCCUGAAAACUCUAAAAAGUGUAACCUGCACAUCCACGGAGAGCACAGUCAUUUCAGCGGAAUCACUCCCAUGCUGCCUCUCUCUGAACCCACCGCCACUGGUCUAGUCAUCGCGCAUGGCAGUGUCGGAGACUCCAUUUCUGCUGCCCGGCCAGAUGUGUACGUGUCUGCGGACGGAGGUUACACCUGGAGGGCGACUCUGAGAGGACCUCACCACUACAGUAUCCUGGACUCCGGAGGCCUGUUAGUGGCUGUGGAGGCGCAUAGAGACAGACAGAUCAGCUCCAUAAAGUUUUCCACAGAUGAAGGACAAUGCUGGAAGACAUAUAAUUUUACAGGCCACCCGAUCUUCUUGGCAGGACUGGCAUCAGAGCCAGGCACUAAGACAAUGAAUAUCAGCAUUUUCGGCUACCGCCCAGAGGAUGAUGAUCAGCCCAUGUGGGUGGCUGUCACCAUAAACUUUGAACACCUGCUCACCAGAGAAUGUGGUGAACAGGACUAUGUGACGUGGUUGGCGCACUCCGACUAUGACUCUGACCCAGAAACAGACGGCUGUCUCUUGGGCUACAAGGAGACAUUUAGAAGACUGAAAAAACUUUCAGCAUGUAGGAACGGGAGAGGAUAUGUGGUCAGCAAGCAGCAGCGCCCGUGUCUUUGCACUAGAGAAGACUUCAUGUGUGACUAUGGCUUCUAUCGACAUGAAAACAGCUCGGAGUGUCUCCCACAGCCUGACUUCCUGAAUAAAACUCAGGAUAUUUGCUCAGAUGGGGAGCUAGAGGACCUUCAGACUUCAGGGUAUCGCAAGAUUCCUGGCGAUAAAUGUGAGGGCGGUUACAGCCCUACAAGAAGAAACAAUGCUUUCAAAAAUAAUUGUGGGAAAAAAAGUUCACCUGCUUCCUCAAAUUUGCAUAUUGAGAAUUCACCAGGCAUGCUGAUUCUCAUUGUGGUAUGUUCUUGUGUGGGGGUCAUUGGUUUGGUAAUUGCUGCCGCUUUAAUAAUCACUUCAAGGAGAGUAAACUGUAGGCAAAGGUCACCUGCGUAUCGCUUUUCUGUUCUGCAACUCCAAGAAGAUGAUCUGCAUGUUAACUAUGAGAGCAGCUCCAAUGGCAAACUAAAUGGUUUCCAGGACCAGGAGGAUUCAGAUGAUGAUCUCAUCGAAUGAACAAUAUAAGUUGGAACAACUCAAGAUUGGCAGACAGAAGUGAAUUGUUUCAAAUGAAUCUCUUCUCAACCCCAGGCACCAUAACUGGACAGUAAAUGGCUAGAAAUAAUGUUGAACUGAAAAUUUAUCUUGCUGCGGUCAGGUUCUUGUUUUGUUUUAUGAAGUGUCUUAUGUAGGCACCAGAGGAUAAUGUAUAAUUGCGAGUGAAUUUACCUUCACACCCUGUCUUUUGCACUGGAAUCAUUCAUAUUCCCUCAAGCUGCUGCUGGCAAUCCUCCUUGAGUUUUGGGACUAUGUAUUUUCAAAUAGACCAAUCUACUGUUUUUAAUUUGUAAAUAAAUGAAAA